AUGAAUGCAGAACUCAAAGACUCUGUAACUUUCCUCCCCCUAAAGGACCUUAGAUUUGGAGAAACAGCCAGAGAAGGCCACACCUGGUUUAUGAGCUCCUUGAACGACAUAGUCGAAGAAAAUGAAACAGAACACUUAUAUUUCCCUUCGAAGGCAUCCAAAGGUCGGCUUCUUUGCUUUAAAGGGCGGGAUAUUAGGGAUGGCACAAAGAAUUCAUAUGCUUUGGCAUGGCGAGGAAGUCUUCCAGACUCAGCUAUUCUACUGGAAGGCUUGACAUUUGUAUCGGACACAUAUUACAACCAUGACAAUCUUUGGCAUGGAAUCUGUGCAACGGCUCCUCUUGUAAGAUGGUCAAUGAAAAAUGAGUGUUUAAAGCCAGCAAGAUGGGUGCUAUUCCACUGGGGAGAACUGAGAUUUAAAAUGGGAUCUUGGGUUCAACAACUUAUGCAAGCUAAUUUCGGUGAAGUAAAGGUGGAAGGAUUUGAUAAAGGAGAUGUACCUUACUGUUUUGAGAAAGCCACUGUCAUGAGGCAUGAUCUAGGCCAAAUGAAGCAGGAGAAUAAGCUGAAGGUGUCCGACCAGCUGCGCUGCAAGGCUAGGAGUAACUGUGGCCUUAAUCCUGCAGGCAAAGCUAGAGAGAUGAAUGAAAGGGGAUUUCCAAUUAUAAGACUUACACUGCUCAUGAGAAGAGGUUCCCGCUCGUUCAAGAAUGCAACUGCUGUGACUGAUAUAUUUGCAAAGGAAUGUGCCCGAGUCGACGGCUGCAUUCUUCAUGUAGUUCAGUCAGAAGAUCUAUCUUUCUGCGACCAGGUGAAAGUGAUGACCAACACUGACAUUGUUGCGUCUCCACAUGGAGCUCAAUUAACAAAUAUGCUCUUCAUGGACCGCGAGAGCAGCGUAAUGGAAUUCUUCCCGAAAGGAUGGAAAGAGAAUGCUGGCGUAGGCCAGUAUGCUCACCACUGGAUGGCGAACCUAUCAGGGAUGAAACAUAAGGGUGCAUGGUGGGAUCCAAUAGGUGAGGAGUGUCCAUCCCCGCAAGAUCGGGGGCAGUGCUUUCAUUUUCAUAAAGAUGGCAUGGUUGGACAUAACGAAACCUAUUUUGCCGAAUGGGCGAGAAGAGUCAUUGAUCAAGUUAGGCUAAGCAAGGUGGAGCAAGCCUCUGUAGAUCAAGCAAAGCAACAACUUGAUUCAAAAGCAUGUGCCUGCUAG